UUUGCAUUUCGAUUAAAGUGGUUCAGUGUUUGUCAGCUGUUUUAUAGACACGUGAUAAACUGAAAAAAUGUCAUACCUAAAAACAUGCAUCGCUUUCGAAAUGUGUGUCUAUAAUUAUCAAGUAAACUUGAAAAAUGAAUGCGCGCCAACAAUUUAAACGGAAACAAAUAGUUUGUUUAUAAAUCUAUUUUUGAAUCGAUGACGUAUUUGCGUAUUUGUAAUUGUAUAUUCACACCUGAACGUUCAUUCACGAAAAUUGUGAUGUACCUGUAUGAAUUCAAUGAGAAUCAAAAGUCAAUAGAAAUAAAAUCAGAUCAUGCUAACGUGACCAAUCGAUUUUAGUUUAUUCAUAUGUUUUAUAGCCUCAAGUGGUGAUGUCUAAGCAUUCCGCUAAGCUCGGAGACAAAUGUCGGCCAAUCCAAUAUCGAAUUAUUCAACAAAAACGACCCAAUGUGAUUACUUGCCACGGUGAAAAAAUUUACGACUAUUACGAUUGGCUGAAAAAUGAAUCUGAGCGCAAAAAUUGGAUUUUAAACAAUGAAAACUAUACGCUGGCAAAAUACUUGGAAUUGUGUUCACAAAACAUUGAUUGGACAGAAAUCAGAAAAAUAUUCCAUAAUCCACUCGUUUAUGAACUGUUUUCCGAUGUUCAAUUUCUCAACGGUCACAUUUUUUAUAGUUAUCGAAAUUCUUCCAAGUCAAACUAUAAAUCCAUUUUCAAAAGGGUGAAAUCGUUCAAGGAUGGAUGUCCACACGUUGUUUUCGAUUCGAAUGAAAUUCAACACGGUUCAGUCAUCGAGCAUAAAUAUUCACCCAAUGGGAAAUAUUGUGCUUUUACCAUUAGCGACAAAGUUCAAAGUUCGAUUCGACUCCAAGUUAUUAAUGUAGAAACUGGUGAAACAUGUGGGAAAUGCCUGCAACUAUUCAGUUUUGAGAGAAUCGCAUGGUCUGCAGACUCAGUGGGAUUCUUCAUUUAUUAUGAUGCAGACGGAGAGGAAAAUCAACAUCUAUACUAUCAUUUUCUGAAUGAACUUAAGCCAGACAAAUUAAUUUCGAAAAUUCAACAAUCAGAGGCUCACGAAUUAUCGUUUAAUGUCAGUUAUGAUUAUAAAUACCUAAUUUUAUGCGAUAGUCACAUGCUAUCUGUUGCGAAUAUUGAAACAUUGGACGAAAGUAUAACGUUUAAAAUGGUCUUUGGAAUAUUUCAUGGUGCAUCUUAUGAAUACGUUGGAAAUGAUGGGGACUUUUUCUUAUUUCUCACGAAUGUUGGAGCGCCCAAGAAUCAUCUAAUUGAAAUUGACAUUCGAAAUAAAAAACGAAGAAAAUGUUUUGAUAUUGUUGUUCCAGAAAAUCUUGAUGGGCAUGGUGUGUUGAAAUCAAGUCUCAAAUAUUCCGGUUAUUUGUUCCUAAAUUACAUCGAAAAAGCUCAAAGUUCCUUAUAUUUAUAUUCAUUAAGUGAUCAGCGCAUUGAAUAUAAAAUCGAUUUAAAGGAUGAACUGGUUAUGUCCUCAAACAUGGAUAAGUAUGGGAUUAUCUUUGAAACGAGAUCAUUCAAUACGUUAAGGAAAGUGUAUCGAAUCGAAUGCAAUCAGCUUGCAUAUCAUCAGUUUAAAAUGAUGAAUUAUUUGACAAUCGAACCGGUUCUCUGGAAAGAAUCGAGAAUCACAAAAUUCGAUGGACUGGAAAUGACCGUACAAUAUGAUUCGUACAGUAGUUUUGACGGAACUGAAGUUCUAAUAACAAUCAUUCAAAAGAAAAGCAAUGAUAGUUGCAGAAAACCCUGUUUGGUAUAUGCUUACGGUGGAUUUGGUGAUUGUCUGUUGCCGAAAUUUGAUCUUUAUUUAAUUCUCUUCGUUGAAUUAUUCAAUGGUGUCGUUGUUUUCAUUCAUAUUCGUGGUGGUGGUGAACUUGACAAUGGAUGGAUGCUAAAACCGACAGAAGCUGAAACAAGUUUCAAUGAUUUAAUAGCCGGAGUUGAAUAUUUAAAAGGAGAAUCGUACAGCAACAUGAUCGAUUCGAAAAGAAUCGCAUUUUACGGUGCCUCACAUGGUGGUUUGACCGGUGCAGUUGCUAUGAACAAAAAGCGGAAUUUAUUCAGAGCGGUUAUCAUUCUAAAUGGAAAUAUGGAUUUAAUUAAUGAUCUUCCGCAAAACAAAGAAGAUUUUGAAUGUAUUAAAACAUAUGCACCACUGUUACACAUUCAACGACCAACAAAACCCGAAGAGUCUUAUCCCAUAACAUUAAUUGUGGCCAGCCGAAAUGAUGAGUCAGUUUCCAUUACGAAUUCAUUGAAAUAUUUAGCUCAUAGACGGGAAAAAGCUGAAUACAAUGAACUCCAAAGAGACAAGCCGACUCUGCUGAAAGUUUUGAAUAGCGGUGGCCAUCAUUAUAGAACAGCAGCUAAAACCGAAUACGUUGACACGGUAUUCAUAAAAUUGAAAUUUUUAGCUAACGCCAUGAAAUUGCGAGUUGAUAAAAAAUAUGACACAAAUCAAAUAUGCAAGUCGUUUGCUGAAAUAAUGAAUGGUUGGUCGCAAGAAUCUUCGAUUCAAUGUCAAAUUAUUGAGCAAAGAGAACCAAAAGUAAUUGUAAUGCACAGAGAAAAGAUAUUUGACUAUUACGAUUGGCUUACGGAUAAAUCUCAUUGGAAUAAGAUUCUUAAAGUUGAAUCGAAUGCGUUGCAAAACUAUUUGGAAUUAAAUUCACCACAAAACAAUUGGCCGAAAAUUGAAAAAAUCUUUCAAACUUCAAUGGACUAUGAGAUUUAUCGUGACGUUCAACAUAUCAAUGGAUAUAUUUUUUACAAUUAUAUGAAUUAUUCAAAAUUAAUCUAUAAACCAAUUUUCAAGAGAGUAGCAUCAUUAGACGGAUGUGAGCAUGUUAUUUUUGAUUCAAAUAAAGUGUUGGGUACAUUCGUUGAGCAUGCGUAUUCACCAAAUGGGGAAUAUUGCGCUUUCACUAUAAGUGCAGAGAAUCAAAAUUCGCAUAAAAUUAUGAUAAUUGAUGUGAAAACGGGCAAAUCUGAUGGAAAAUGUCUGCCACUAUUCAACUGUGCAAAAAUCGCAUGGUCUAGAGACUCAAAAGGAUUUUUUAUUUAUUAUGAUCCAGAAGGAAGAAAAAAACGAGAUCUAUAUUAUCACCAUUUGGAUGCGGAUAAACCAGACAAAUUGAUUGCGAGAAUUCGAAAGGCAGACGCUAACAUGGUAUCCUUCAAAGUCAGUUGUGAUUACAAAUAUUUGAUUUUGCGUGGUAGUCGAACGCUAAGUAUUUCAAAUAUUGAAUCAUUGAAAAUGGAAAUAACAUUUGAAAACAUUUUCAAGUGUUCGCAAGACAUAACUUAUGAAUACAUUGGAAAUGAAGACGAACAUUUUUUCUUUCUCACAAAUUUCGGCGCACCAAAACAUCAUGUGAUUAAAGUCAAUAUUCGGAAUCACAUCGACAUGUGGAACGUUGACGUCGUUGUUCCGGAAAAUCUUGAUGAUCACGGUGUAUUAGUGACUGCAUACAAAUAUUGUCGUUAUUUAUUUCUAAUUUACAUCGAAAAUCUCCAGAAUGCGUUGUAUUUAUAUUCGUUAUCAAGUCAUCGUAUCGAAUAUAAAAUCGAUUUGGAGGAUGAAAAUUUUAUUUCGAUGAAGAUUGAUUUAUUUGGGUUUUUCUUCGAAACACAAACAGUUAAAACACCACGAAAAGUAUAUCGGAUUAAUUUUGAUCAGCUUGUGCUCCAGCAUAGAUUAUCAGUCGAUGCAUUAGCAAUCGUCAAACCAAUACUGUGGAAAGAGUCAAAAAUACCAAAUUUAAAUUUAGAUAAGUUCUAUGUUCUGCAUGAUUCAUUCCGCAGUUUUGAUCAAAUCAAAGUGCCAAUAACAAUUAUUCAGAAGAAUAAUGGUAAUGAUGCUGGCAAAAAGCCGUGUUUGGUAUUUGCUUAUGGUUGGAAUGGUAUUCCUAUGAUUUCAUUAUUCAAGCUCUUCUUUCUUCUUUUCAUUGAGCUGUUCAAUGGCGUUGUCGUUUUCAUUCAUAUUCGUGGUGGUGGUGAGCUUGGCGAUGGAUGGCUUCUAGAACCGACAGAAGCUGAAACAAGUUUUAAAGAUUUAAUAGCCGGUGUUGAAUAUUUAAAAGCAGAAUCGUACAGCAACAUUAUUGAUUCGAAUAAAAUCGCAUUUUACGGUGCCUCACAUGGUGGUUUGACAGGUGCAGUUGUUGUAAACAUAAAGCGGGAUGCAUUUAGAUCGGUUAUUUUUUUAAAUGGAAACAUGGAUUUGAUUAAUGAUCUUCCGCACAAGGGUCGUAUUUGGGCCAAACAAUACGGAAAUUUAAAUAACAAAGAAGAUUUCGAAUGUAUAAAAAGAUAUGCACCACUGUUACACAUUCAACGACCAACAAAACCGGAAGAAUCUUAUCCCAUAACAUUAAUUGUGGCCAGCCGAAAUGAUGAGAUUGUCUCCAUUACGAAUUCAUUGAAAUAUUUAGCUCAUAGACGGGAAAAGGCUGAAAAUAAUGAAUUCCAAAGAGACAAGCCGACUCUGCUGAAAGUUUUGAAUAGCGGUGGCCAUCAUUAUGAAUCAGCUUUCAAAACAGAAAUUAUUGAUGCUAUUUUUGUGAAAUUAAAGUUUUUGGCUGAAUCGAUGGAUAUAAAUUUUGACACAAUUUACCAAAACAAACCUUUUAAACAAUCACGAAAUCCUUAAAUAUUCACUGGUUUUUCAAUGGAGAUGUCGAUCGAAAAUUGAUUCAUAAAAAUGCUACAGAUUUCUUCGAUGUAUAGGCACAACUAGAGAUGUCAACAAACCACUUUUUUUUGUUUGACUUCUACCAUUCUUAAACCGCUGAAAAAAUUGUCAAAUGUAUAGAUCUCUACAAAUUGAAGUAAUAAUUUGAAAAAACGAAUGGAAAAUUGUGUUAUACCGGAGAUGUCGCGUAUACAAUCCUGCGACCAAUGCGUUGCGUGUUUAAAAAGCACAAAAUUUGGUUCAAUAAUAAGAAAGAUGCAGAUCCCUUGCAUUUUAGUGUGUUACUUCUUGCAACAUUUAUUUUCGCAAGACGGUUAUGAAAAAUACUUUCUAAAAUUGCAUCAAACUUAUUAGGGUUUUCAUUUUUUGCCACUUAAAAACUUCGUAUAAUGUUCAUCUUCUUGUUUCAAACUUUUCUCCUUUUUGGGUAGUAAACCAAGCCCACGGCUAACCGCACGAAAGGAAUCAGUCACUAUUCUUAUUGGAAGAGUUACAGUUUUCUUCACUAUAUUUCCUACGCUAUCUGCAGGCACAGGUGGAACAAGCUGUAUGCAACAAAAUGAGUAGAGAUGAACAAUUAUUCUAUCAAUUUGAACACACCAAUAAGAAGCUAAAUGACGUUUAAAUGACGAAACAAAAUUCAAAAUUUACCACUUGAUGAUAGCAAUAACGAAAAUAAAGACGAAUAACUUCAUGAUGCUUGUCGACUUGGUUCGAUCGAACUUGUAAUUUGACAAUUUAGAUGUUCGAAUGAAGCAAUAUUGGAUGGUGAUUCCUUUUUAUUCUGUGUUUUUAUCACAAAACGUGAACUUCCAAGAAAAUAAAAUUUGAUUUUGCGAUAAUAAUUUAAAAUUUAAUAAAAUUUUCGCUUGCAUAUUGAUCGACAAA